CAAAUCGAAAACAGACCCCCACAACCCAAAAGAAAUAUAAUCAAGAAAAAAAAAAGAGAGAUGGGUAAAAGCUCUUCUCUUCUCAGCAUCGCCAUAACGCUUCUCCUCCUCGUCCAUGGAUACAGAGCCAUGGAGGAGGAGACGAACCAACAGAAGCAAUGGCAGGGACAGUGGGGGAACGAGUGCCAGCUCGACCAGCUCAACGUCCUCGAGCCAUCGCACGUGUUGAAGUGCGAGGCCGGUCGCAUUGAGAUAUGGGACCACCACGCACCUCAGCUCAGAUGCUCGGGCGUCUCCUUCGAUCGCAUCGUCAUCGAGCCUCAAGGCCUCUACCUGCCCACCUACUUCAACGCCCCUAAGCUCUCUUUCGUCGUCAACGGAAGGGGCCUAAUGGGAAGAGUGAUCCCUGGAUGCGCCGAGACGUUCAUGGACUCGGCCGGAGGCCAAUGGCAGGGCCAGGGCUUCCGGGACAUGCACCAGAAAGUGGAGCAUCUCCGGAGAGGAGACACCAUCGCCAACCCGGCCGGUAUAUCCCAGUGGAUCCACAACAACGGCAACGAGCCACUCAUCAUCGUCUCCGUCUUCGACAUCGGCAACAACCAGAACCAGCUCGACCGCAACCCCAGGGCGUUCCACUUGGCGGGAAACAACCCACAAGGGCAAGUGUGGCUACGAAAGAGCCAACAGGAACCGCAGAACAACAUGUUCAGCGGAUUCGACCCGCAAGUAUUGGCCCAAGCCUUCAAGAUCAAAUUGAAUACAGCUCAACAGCUUCAGAACCAGAAAGACAACCGCGGCAACAUCGUCCGGGUUCAGGGCCCGUUCGGAGUCAUCAGGCCGCCCGUCAGAGGAGAACAGAGACAAGAACAGGACAAUGGUCUGGAGGAGACGUUCUGUACGAUGAGGUGCACCGACAACCUCGACGACCCGUCUCGUGCUGACGUGUACAAGCCUCAGCUCGGUUACAUCAGCACCCUCAACAGCUACACCCUCCCCAUGCUUCGUUUCCUCCGCCUCAGCGCCUUGCGUGGCUCCCUCCGCAACGACGCCAUGGUGUUGCCUCACUGGAACGUGAACGCGAACGAGAUUCUGUACGUGACGAACGGGCAAGCCCACGUCCAGGUUGUGAACGACAACGGAAACAGAGUGUUCGACCAGCAGAUCUCGAAGGGCCAACUCCUGGCCAUCCCUCAGGGUUUCGCGGUCGCGAAGACGGCACAGAGCGAGCGAUUUGAGUGGAUUUCUUUCAAGACCAACGACAACGCAAAGAUCAACACUCUUGCCGGCCGAACGUCAGUGCUGAGAGGCCUCCCGCUCGAGGUUCUGACCAAUGGGUUCCAGAUAUCGGUCGAGGAGGCGAGGAGGGUUAAGUUCAACACCCUCGAGACUACGUUAACUCACAGCAGCGGUCAGUCCGGGAGGAGAUCCGACGCUUGAAUCCACUGUUAAGUACAGUUGUAAUAAUAAUAACACAUGUAAAAUGUGACCCUGUAACUUUCUUUCAAUAAAAUGAGUUGUUCUUAAUUAAAUCA